GGGAAAUGUAGUCCACUAUAAAAGCUCAGACACAUGGCGGAAGUGGCUGGAGAGAGGUUGUUCCGGAUCAUCUCAGUGCCCUACCCGACCUAACCCGGUACUGUCCUGGUUGGUAUUAGCCGGUCGUCCGAGUUCGAGGCCGUGAAGUCGCAGUUUAUACUUUUGAGUUUUCCCAACCCAGAAGAGCCGAGAAGCAUGGCCGUGGUAGACGUCAACACCGUGUUUAAGGAGUUGGUGGUGUUCAGGGAUGUGGCUGUGGAGUUCUGUGAGGAGGAGUGGGAGCGCCUGGGCCCUUCGCAGAGGGCGUUGUACAGAGACGUGAUGCUGGAGACCUACAGCCACUUUGUGUCCCUGGGACUUGCCCUUUCUAAGCCAUCAGUAAUUUCACUGCUGGAGCAAGGCAAAGAACCCUGGAUAGCGGAGCAAGCAGGAUGGUAUCCGGAUUUGCUGUCUGUAAAUGAAGCUAAGAAUUUGUCUCUAAAGAAUGGCAUCUUUGGAAAGGAAUCAUUAAAAUGGAAAAUAAUAGAAAGAGUGGGUACUUCUCGCCUUGAGGAAUCUUGUUUUGGAGAUGAUUGGAAAUGCAAGGGACUCCUUGAGACAAAACCGGAAUCUACAGAGGGAUGUUUACAGGGAGUGACAGCCCCGUUGGAAAAGAUGUCAACCGAAUUCAUUCAGCCUAUACCCAUUGCCCUGAGUGAAGUGACUCAUUCUGAAAGGAAACACUCUGAACAGGAAGCAGGUGAAACCAUCACUCAACAAGUACGAAUUCCUACCAGUGACAAACUUAAUGAAAUGUAUGAGAAUGCCUUCAUCUAUUACACAGAUGAGAUGAAGCGUCAGCGGGAUUUUGCUGGGGACAGAUGUGAUGAACUGAAGGGGUGCAGCAGAGGAUUUGCCUAUGACUUCCAACUCGCCCCAUAUCAGAUCAAUAAGAAGCCCUAUCAGUGUGAGAUCUGUGGUAAGAUCUUUGAGAAGCAUGCAUACCUUGUUCAACAUAACCGCUUUCACACGGGGGAGAAACCGUGCGAGUGUAAGGAGUGUGGGAAAGCCUUCACCAACUGCUCCCUGCUGGUCCAGCACCAGCGGGUCCACACGGACGAGAAGCCCUACGAGUGCAAGCACUGUGGGAAGGCGUUCCUCUACUUCUCCACAUUUUUCCAGCAUCAGAGAACCCACACCAACGAGAAGCCGUACGAAUGCCACAAAUGUCAGAAGGCCUUUAACAAGAGUGCCAACCUCACCAGACAUCAAAGGAUCCAUAGUGGCGAGAAACCCUACGAGUGUAACUUAUGUGGGAAGACCUUCACUUGGGCUUCCAACCUGAACGAUCACCAAAAGAUUCACACCGGCGAAAAACCGUAUGAGUGUAACUACUGUGAAAAGGCCUUCCUGUGUCAUUCGGCGUUCAUGAAACACUAUAGAACUCACACAAAUGAGAAGCCCUAUGAGUGCCAGGAGUGCAUGAAGGCCUUCAGGCAGAAAGCCCAUCUCAUCCAACACCAGAGAGUUCACACUGGCGAAAAGCCUUAUGAGUGUAAGGAAUGUGGGAAGGCCUUUGCGUGCCCUUCGUACUUUAACAGACAUCAGAGGAUUCACACCGGAGAGAGGCCUUAUGAAUGUAAAGAAUGUGGAAAGGCUUUUAUUGAUUGUAAAACCCUCAUUCUGCACCAGAGGAUUCACACUGGUGAGAAACCCUUCCAGUGCCAGCAGUGCAGCAAGGCCUUCAGGCAGAGAUCCCACCUUACGCAACAUCAGAGAAUUCACACCGGUGAGAAGCCCUAUGAGUGUAAGGAGUGUGGGCAGGCCUUCACUCGGCUCUUACAGGUAAAGAAACACCAGAGAGUACACGCAGUGGGAGAGAUCCUGUGCAUUUGAAUCCUGCCCUCUGUUUACUGGGACGCCUCUAUUCAGCAUCUUCACAGAUACACAAAUAAAGCAUGAAUAAAUCAGAAGUGUGGGAACCACCUCUGUGUGUCCCUCAGCUAUGCAGACUGCUGAGAGAAGCCUAAGUGAGGUGUGUGGAACAACCAACCUCUCAUACUGUGCUUCACGCUGUGUAAUUUAUACUAUGAUCAGAAUAAGAAACCCUCAUUAUUUUCAGCUAUCCAUUACGUAGUAAGAGUUUGUCAGAGAGAGCCAUCUGAUGACUACUUUUUUUUUUUGCUUUAUAACCUACUGUUUAUUGAGUAUUAAUUCACAUAAGAAAAAUAAAAAUUAAAUUAUGAAUAGAAGUACUAAUCCUAUUACCAGUAAAAGGUUUCUAUUUAAUUAUAGCUAUAGACAAUACCACAUAGAGAACAUGGCGGGCAUGCUGUUAGUGUAGAAGCUCACAUGCCUCGAUUGCUGACUGUAUUUUAUUAAGUUGACUUCACCCUGCUGCAGGUUGCUGCCUUUUAGCUGGUAGUAUGGUUAUUUUGAGGAUGGGAUGAAUCAGUAAACGGGGCCUUUGGCAUAAGCCGCUAGACAAGAGCACCAAUCAGGAAGGAUUCGGAGUCAUCCCCUUUAUGGUGGUCUUUGUUACUAUUUUUGGAACAUUCAUAUCCAUUUUAUUCACGACAUCUCCUGUCAGUGCUUGUCCCAUGCCAAAGCUUUGAAAGGAGUUCUGGAGUGAUCGUGAUUGGAACAGAACAGGAGCAGAUUUCCACUUCCGCUUCAGUUGAGUCAGAAGCCGACCCUAGCAAGGCUGCUCGGACUCACCGAUCAGGGUGCCUGCCACAGCAGAGGCACCAUGUUCUACUCUGGAAGGACCGUCAGAUCUGCACAGGACAAGAAUUGGAAUAGACUCGUCAUCUAUCCCCAUCACCACGUGACUCUUGGUCACGUGAAAGACGCAGUCUGAAAAUACAGCUUGUUUCAGUGUGGAGGAACGAUGGCGCUACGGCUGUAUGUACUAAAACCUGACGUGGUUUAGUCAUUUGAAUAGAUGCUAUCAAGUAACCCCCCCCCCAAAGCUAUAAAUCUUAGAGUUGACAGCAGAAAUACAUAUUAUAUACAAUAAUCAAUGAGCUUAAAGAAGUUUCUAGAAAACAUCAAUAAAAUGGAUAACCAUACUUUAAAAGCUUUUUCCAAACCAUCUGAUACAUAGACUAGAUUUUCCAGGGCCUAAGGAGACAUUUGAAAGACACAAACGCAACCGUCAGUGCUAAAGGGAAGUAGAACAUUUUUAGGCAGAAAUAUGUUCAGUUGGCUUUGGUGGGUUUUAUUUCAAGACAGGGUCUUUCUUAAACUUGUGGCAAUCCUCCUGCUUCAACCUACUGAGUGCUGGGAUUAGAAGUGUGUGCCACCAUACCGUAGGCUUGAACUUGGAGCCUUGAGCCUGUUCGGCAUGGUUCUGUCCCUGAACCUUUUAUCCCAGCCCCCUUUAUUUUGAGACAGGGUUUUGGCUAAAUUGCCUAGGCAGGCCUUGAACUCAUGAUCCCCUUAUAUUAGCCUCUCAAAUAGCUGGGACUGUAGACCUCUGUCACCAGGUACAGCUAGAAAGUUUUACUGCUAUAAAAUAAUGUAUUCAUUAUUAUAGCAGAUAAAUUUGAAAUGUUUAGCAUAAAUUUUGUGUGAAUGUAUAUAAUUUUUGAUUGGCUCAUAAACCUAUAGAAAGUUUCAAUGAAACCAGGGUACUCUAAAAAGUAGAAAAAUGUGUUGUGUUACCAUAUGUGAAGCAUGUGGUAGUGUUUAUUUGAGAUAGGGCCUCACAUAGCCCAGGCUAGCCUCAAUCUCAUAAUCUUUAGCUUCCCAAGUGCUGGUGCAUCAGAUACCAAAGAAAUUUGAAACAUAUUAUCAACACAUCUGCCAAUCCAUCCUUUUUUAGGUUAAAUAACCUUUUUACUGAGAAAAAAGUUAUAAAUCUCAAGAGUAUAUUGGUAUACUCAUGUAAUCCCAGCCCUGAGAAGGCAGGAAGGUUAGGAUUGUUCAAGCCCAGACUGGGCCACAUAAGAAUCUAUCAUAUGCUGGAAUCUUUGAGAAGGUGCUAUAAAAAAGCAAACAUUUCAAAAUCAGGCAGCAAGCAAAGGCAUUUGGAACAUGGAAUUUGCCAGUGGGAAAUUGUGUGGUAGAAUGGUAGACAUAAAUUGUAUCAGUAACUCCAGUAACCUUUUGAAUAGGCUGAUUGCUAUAGUUGAAAGGAUGUUAGGUUGGUGUGGGACAUGUCUGGAAUCAUAUCCCUGGUGACACAAAGAUAAGAUUGUUGUUGCUUCAGAUGAGCCUGGGGUCCCUAGAGCAGGCCCAUCUCAAAAGUGGAGAAAGACAGACAGACAAUGCUAUGGAAGGACUGAAACUGAGGAGGGGAAUUUACAGAAUAUUCUUUUACAUAAGAAAUUUUCUGUGUCUUGAACUUCAAGUCCAAAUAAACAUCAGUCAGUUCAAAUUCUAUAUAAUGUGUUCUUACAUAGGCCUAGAAAUGUCGCUCCAUAUAUUUGGAAAUAUAAUUUUAAAUAACCUCAAACCAUUAGUUAAAGAAAACUUAAUGGAGCUGAAGGGAACUGGUAGUUUAUGAGCUUCAGUCGUGUGUAUCGGGCAUGGUUUCCAGGAAACAAGUCAGUGAGGAAUUCAUUGUCUCAGGAUGAUGGAGAAUUUUAAAACGUGGAAGCAAACGUAGUGAUACAAGUUUUUAAACAAUUGACAUAUUCUGGGAUAAUCUUUAGCUAUUAAGAAGGAAUUACCGGUAGUGAUGUCUCUCAUAUCUUUAAUACUAGCCUUUAGGAGGCAGAGGCUAGAUCUCUGAGUUCUAGGCCAGCCUGGACUACAUAGUGAAACUCUGUCUGGGGCGGGGAAAAGAAAAGUGAGGGCCUCGGGGAUCAUAAGGCCUUGUUCCUAAGGCCUGCAUUCCAGCGCUCAGGAGUGUAGGCCCGGGGCAGCCUUGGCUACAUAACGAGACUUCUCCUCAGCAUUGAAACUGAAUUCAACACAUUAUUGAAGAAUGAGUCCUUCAUGGGCCCUUUAGUGCUUCUAAGUGUAGAAAGUGGAAUAUGUAGACAAUAAAGACUAACGUCUCCAUUCACAGUCCUUGUCUAUCUAGUGGGGGGUUUUGGCCUUAACCACUGUUAAUUAAAUCAGUCUCUUUCUGAGGUAUGUAGAGGCCCUUUUCACCCUUGAACUAGAGAAUGAGGUAAUGAUCUUUGUACAUAUUAGCUUCUAUAUGCAAAUAUAUGUUAAAGGUCUAUCCCUGGGUUGGAUUUGCUACUUGUGAGUGUAUGUACAUUUACGAAAGGCCAAUGUUACUAGCUUUUGGUUCUUCGAUGUUGUAUAGUGCCCCUAUCCGAUACCUUUGCUGACACUUUUUGUUUGUUAAAGCUUUGAUUUCACUAGUCUGUUAAGUGAAAAGUGUUAUGACAGUUUUAAUUUGCAUUUUUCUGCUAUAUGUAACUUGCAUCUAAUGCCAUAUUUUCCUAUUUUCAAAUAUUACAUUUUCUGUGGAAUGUCUCAGUACCAUUUUCUGUUGAAUGAUUUGUUUUCUUGAUGGCUAUGUAAGACUUACAAUCCUCUAGACUGUGGUUAUACCAGUUUUCUUUCUUUAUGCCUUGUUUGGAUUUGUAAACUUAAACACUUCAUGUUUGGAAGGCAUCUGUCUUGGUGUUAAUGCUUGUAAAUCAUUUUUCCCCAUUCCAAUAUAUUUUCCGAAAUCCCA